AUACUGUCUUUUUUUCCCUUCCUGUUAGUAGUUCCGAGGAACUGCUGGUUCAGAUUUUAGCUCUUGCCAGUUUGUGAAAAUAGAGAAGGAUGCUUAGACUACUUAAUGUUCACAUUGCUCUCUGGUUAAUCAUCCUUAGAAGACUGGAUUUCUGGAUAUCUACACCACUCCAUCUCUAUUGACUUCUAAAACAUGAUAAUGCAAACUUAUAACCCUGGCAAUCAUCCGUGAACCUUAAUUACAUUGACUAAUAGUGUUUGAAGCUUCCUCAGGGAAUAAACAAUGACAUCAGCAGUGGUUGACAGUGGAGGUUCUGUUUUGGAGCUUUCCAGCAAUGGAGUAGAAAAUCACGAGGAAAGUGACAAAGUUUCUGAAUACCCAGCAGUGAUUGUGGAGCCAGUGCCCAGUGCCAGAUUAGAGCAGGGCUAUGCGGCCCAGGUUCUGGUUUAUGAGGAUGAGACUUACAUGAUGCAAGAUGUGGCAGAAGAACAAGAAGUUGAGACCGAGAAUGUGGAAACAGGUAGACAUCUCAUGAAAUGCUCGUUGUUUAUAACCUUCUACUUUGUAAGCUUCCACAGUAACAUUGCUAUUUAGCAUAGCCUGGAAACUAGUGAAGCAUCUCUGUUUAAGGGAAUUUAUAUAGAUAUGAGGGUUGUACAGUAUAAUUCUUUGAGGUAUAAUAGAGUCUUCUAUCAUGAAUCCUGCAUACAAAAGUACAGCUUUAUGAUGGUAAAAUUAUUUUUUUAUUUUUUGGGAGUGCACGUACACACGAGUUUUUAUUUAAUUAUAGAAGUGAUUCGGUGAAUAUUAGGAGGACUA